CGUCGUUUCUACUCUCUCAACUCUUUUCCCACUCACCCUGUAUUCUCUCUCCCUAACUCCUCCCUCCGCAUCUCCAGGUCGCACUCAUUCAAUUUGCGGUUUGUUUCUCUCUCAAUUCGCACUAUCAUGAAAGGCCCUGUGCAUCAUCGUCAAAUUUCUGAUUUCAAUUCAAUCAGCGUUCUCCACCUAAUCUCUCUCAGUGGCAUCUCUCACUGAUUAUUUCACCACUCCCUGACAUCUCACUCUCCAAACGCAUUUCAUCAUUCAUCAUCAAUUCAAUCUGUGUUCUCUCUCUCAACAGCGUUUCAAUUCCAUGGCUCAUACUCACAAAUACCUGAUCCUCUCCACUUUCUCUCUCUGGUCGAGACCAUCAUCUGUUCUCAGGCCAAUAUCAGGCCAUCAGCGGCGCCGCCGAUGAGAUCCUCGCUGUCCUGAAAAGCGACACCGUAAAAAAAAAAACCGACUCGAAGGAGAUCGGCGAGCUAUUCUCUCUCGGAUCGUUAUCACGUUCCUUCCUCUCUCAGUGUCUAAGCCGUAGCACUCAUCAACGCUUCGAUCAUCUCUACUGACGGCCUCCCUACUCUCCAUGGCGUGACAGCGACGACUCAGGUAACAACAAGCCCACCGAUCAUGGCGUACCAUCUCAGUCACCGCCGCUUCUCUCUCCCCUAAUUUUGACCCGCCAUUGUCACGCGUUCUGUUACCUGCGUCCCGUAAAUUUCUCCAGUUUACUUUACAUGACAAGAAAAGCAUGAGGUAUGGAAGAAAAAGAACCGGAGAAAAUAAAUGAAUGAGAAAUAAUGGACGUUAAGCACUCCAAAGGAAAACUUUAUAAAGUUCUAUCAUGAAAGGAGGCAAAGGAUUAUGAAGCUCCAGAUCAAAUGAGUUUGUGGUAUAUGUUGUCUUUAUGUGUGUUUGGACUUUGGAUACAAGUAUAUGAGACAUCAACAGACUUUCUCAUUUUUCUAAUCAAAUUUUCAACAACCACUUCUUCAGGGUCAAUGCAUGAGAAUGUCUCAACAGGUGAGUGGUGAUGGUGGCAACAAUAAAACACUAACUAUAGAGAGAGAGAGAGAGAGAGAGAGAGAUAUCAGCUACAGUAUUGAAUGCCAACCUAACCCCAAGUUAGUUUUUAGAGUUCCUUUCGUCGAAGAGCUAAUAAUAGACAUAUAGCCAUGUUUGUAAUCGGAUGGGAUUGUGUUUUGGUGUUGUUAGUUUGUUGGAAAUUGGCAUUGCUUUUAUUGUUAGUGAUGUUAUGUUUAAGGGAAUUGGAUUAGGGACACGAUGAGACGAUUGUUCAUAUGAUCGAAAAAAAAAUGGAUAUUGUGGAACAGGAAUCUAGCAAGGCAGUGGCUUACUGAUCUGGCUUAUGGUAUGUCGGUUGUUUGAUUGUCUGCAAUGGAGAAAUGCUGCUCUCUCUGUUUGUUGUGGUCACUGCCAGUUUUUAUGUAUAAUGCGUAUUCCUGUUUUAUUGAGUCUAAAAUUAUAACUCUAAACUUAUCUACUCAUUUAAUAAACAUGAGUAUAUGAGUUAGAAAUAUGGAUAACUGAAUCCAUUGUGAGCCCUUUCCUUCUAUCAAUCACUGCAAAAUUUGGUCCCAUAUAUUUUGUUGGGUAUUACUUUUGUAGUCACAAUUCUUAUGACACAUUGUCGAGAGAUUCAUGAGAUGAACUUCUGAUAGCUAACUCAUGUCCUAUACAUGUGGAGUAUAUUAGUAGUAUACUUCAACAGUGGACAAAACAACCAUUUACAUUUUCUACAACAGUAAGCAUAUUAUGAAAAUACUUCAAUUAGAAGAAACAGUUUGUUGGCUUUUCUUAAACCCCUCUAUCUUUGCUCACUGUGUUCCUCUACUGUAAAUGGAUGUUUUUAAAGCUUUUUGGGAUAGGUGGAGCUCUUAUUUCUUUCACAUGUAAUUUUUGGCACAUUCUUAAGCUUCAAAUCAAGUUUAUUUGAGGGUCUUUGAAGGGAAGAUUUGAAGCUGGGUAUCCGUUUUUCUUUGGUUAAGCGCUGCUGUCCUAUCUGUUAAAUGAUUACAUAGAAACCUUCAAAUGUUUUGUUGUGGAUUUGUCAAAAUAUUCUGCAUGGCUGGGUUCAUAUCUCUUUCAGUAAAUGUGUUUCAUACAACUAUUCACAAAAUGACCCACACCCUGUACAUAUACAAAUAAAAUAUAAAUGGUCAUUUUAAUCACUUGGCAAUGUUGAGGAAGCUAACCUCUACACAAAGUUGAGAGGAUUACUAUUUCCCUAUAUGUAUGUAUGCACUUCCCAUUUCCCUGCAGGGCUGCAACUUGAUAAUAUGUAUGAGUUUCUUUCUAAGAUGAAUGGAUAAAUUUCUUUUAUGGAAAAUAAUUAGCUAAAGUUUAUUGUUAUUAGUGAUCAGAGGUAGUGCUUUCAUUUGUGUGGUCCUUUAUUUCCUAUGCUUUGACACUGAAACUUUAAUUUUGUGUUCAUGUCAGGUAUGUGGAAGAAAUUUUGCGCAUUGGAAAGAGUUCUUCAGCUCCUGGAAUAUGGCUUCUGACUCAAUUGGCUGCUGCUAAGGUCAUUGCCACAGCUCUUUGCAAGGGAUCUGGGCUGGUAGGCGGUCUCUAUGCACCAAGUUUAAUGAUUGGUGCUGCAGUUGGUGCUGUAUUUGGAGGCUUUGCUGCAGAAGUUAUCAAUUCAGCAAUUCCUGAAAAUGCUGCUAUUGCCCAACCCCAGGCAUAUGCUUUAGUUGGAAUGGCCGCUACAUUAGCAUCUGUUUGUUCUGUUCCUUUGACUUCAGUUCUAUUUCUGUUUGAGCUGACAAAAGAUUAUACGAUACUGCUUCCUCUGAUGGGGGCUGUUGGUUUGGCAAUAUGGGUUCCCUCAGUGACAAACCAGACGAAGGAGAGCGAUGCACUUGAUACAAGAAACUUAGCAAAAGGAUAUUCUUCAAUAUCACAUGCUGAAGAUAAUGAUGAGGGUAACUGGAAACAAGGCAAUGAUGGGAAUGGUUUAGAACUCCGUAUUGUUGGAGAUGCAGCUGAUCUGGAAGAAAUUGAUGAGGAAUUGCUUCUGGACAAUCUUAAGGUUUCUCAGGCCAUGUCAGUGCUGUAUCUGAAGGUUUCAUCAUCUACACCGCUGAAAGAUGCAAUCAAAUGCAUGCAUGUACAGGAGGAUCUGACUGUUGUGGAUGAUUUUCUCCCCAUCAUUGCAAGUUCAAGUUAUCUAUUAAAGUUAUAAAGUUUGUUCCUAAAGCAUUUUUUAUUUUUAUACUUUUUAGUUAUGUACCAAAUCAAAAAGCACCGAAAUAGAGAUUGAAUUAAUAUCCAUCUAAGAGAAGCCAAUUGUAAGUUGAGCCCUUUUCAUUUUC